AUGAAAAAUCAAGCAGAAGAAAUAACUGAUUUAGAGCUUGUGCCAUCAACACGACUUGUAGGAGGCGCAGCUCCUCCGCGAGAGCCUGGUGCCGCGCCGGGCCUUGCCGUCCAUGGCGCCGAGCAGGCGGCGCUCCAUGGCCUCCAUGCUGGCCCGGAGCUCGUUGCGCAGGCGCGUCAUCUUGACGCACAGCGCCCCGGCGCCCUUCCGCCGGUUGAUCACCACCUUGAUGGCCCCGUCCACGGACCGCUUGAAGCUCCAGUUGCACAUGUGGAAGUACUCGUUGCUGUCGUCCGGCCGGCUGAUCACCACGUUGUUCUCCUUCCAGUUGGGGUAGACGCGGAUCUCCUUGCUGUUGUAGAAGAACGGGAAGAUGAAAAUGCGGUGGCACUCGUCGAGGUGCGUCUCGAGCGUGCUGGCGUUGAUGUCCUUGAGCGCCGUGUGGCCGAAGCGGUCGCGCACGCCCAUGAAGGCGCCGCAGCGCAGCAGCGUGAGCACCAUGCGUUCGUCGGCGUAGCGCGCGGCGUAGUGCAGCGCCGUGCACUGGUAGGUGUCUGCGGCGUCCACGUCCACCAGCGCCGUGCCGCCCCCGCCGCCGCCGCCGCCGUGGCCGUAGAUGCAGCUGCCCCAGUCGCCGCCGUCGGGGUCGCGCCCGGCCGACGCCCACUCCUCCGGGCGCGCCUGCCCCAGCAGCAUCAGCACGCAGGCGCGCGCGCGCUCCAGGCAGUCCUCGCGCCGCGGCACCACCGCGUGGUGCAGGGCGGCGGCGUGCAGGGGCGGCAGCGGGGCGGCUCCGGCGGGCCGGUGGCGCAUGGGGGCGUUGGGGUCGGCGCCGGGCGUCCGCAGCAGCGGCUCCAGGAAGGGCGCGAGGCGCGGCGAGGUGCAGGCGGCGUUGACGCACUGCCCAGGACCGGCCGCCGCGCCGCGCCGCCGCCGCCGCGCGCGGUGACGGGGCGGUGGCGCGGUCGUAGGGCCGCGCGAAGCCCCGCGCGUCGCCCGCUCGCAUCGCCGCCAGCACGGCCGCCUCCAGGUCGCUGGCGGCCGCCUCCAGCGCCGCCGGCGCCGGCGGCAGCGACGGCGCUUCCGGGAUGGGGUCCACCACGAGGAAGUUCAUGGCGGCGUGGUGGCGGUGAGCGCAGUCGAGAAGGACCUGUGGCAAGAGAAAGUCACCAAUGA